UAUCGUGCUCGCCGUUGUCGUGUCCGCUUGCUUUUUUGUAUAUACUCGCUUAUUUGCUGCUCGUUUAACUGCGACGACGACUACGACGAAGACGACGAUCAACUUUGGAUUCAUUAUAGAAAAUUAAACGUAAAUUUAAUAUACUAAUUAAAAAUAAAAUAAAUCUAUGUAUGUUACGGGACAACCACGUUGGGAUAACGCAAAAUUAAAACACAAAAAGGGCGAUUUGAAAAGAGCUAAUCCAUUCAAGGCUAAAGAAAAUUUCAUAAUUUAAAAAUAUUUGCAACGCAGCAAGAUAAAGUUGGAGAAUAUUCACAAAAAAAAAAAUUACAAGCCAUCUAUAAUAAAUACUAGUAGGAAAAGCUAAUAGCACCGACAUAUGUAUUGUAUGUAGACGUAUGUAGACGUAUGUACAUACUUAUAUACUAUAUACGUAGAUAGUACAUACAUGUGCAUAUACCACCUAUAAAAGCUACAACCGCCUACGUUAGCGUCAUUAACAGCAGAAGCAGAGCAAGAAGCAAAUCGCGACAACUAAUAACCAAAUUUGAAACGUUAAUUACAGUAAUUGCAGCAAAAAUACAUAAAAUUAAACAACAACAACAGACGUGGCAACAAUAUUUUAUAACAAAUAAACAAAAUAGCAAAGUAAAUUACAACAAAAAAGGAGAAAAAAAAAACUGCAACAUCAACACCAGCAGCGCCAGCAGCAGCAACAGCAACUAACCAAUCAUCAAGCCAGCAAACAAACAACCAACCAAGCAACAACAACAACAACAGUAGUGUAAAGAACUUGUAAAAAUCGCAAUUGUUAUAAUUACAAUACUAAGCAUAAAAGUACAAACCACGGAUCAAUACCAAAAAUGGAGGCAAAAUUCUUGGCAAGCGUCAUUUCAUUCCUCUCGAUAUUUUUAGCGAUUUAUGCUGAUACCGACUUCUUGGUGCCAAACUAUGAUAAUGCAGAACAUCAGUUAAAAGUAUUUGAAAUCAGAUCACCUCUAGUACUUAGCUGUAAUAUAACCAAAGCUGGUGAUUAUGUACUGAAAUGGGAGAAGAACGGUACGGAUAUCACGAAAGUCAAAGAACUUGAAGGCCGUUAUAGAAUUCUUGCGGCCGAAAGAAAGUUCAUAAUCGACCGAACAGAUACCUACGAUGAUGGUCUCUACAGUUGUGUAGCCGAUAAUCAGAAAAAACAUAUUAAUGUAGUUGCUCGCGUUGUUGUACGAGUGCCUUCAAAUACCGGUGUUGUCGAGGGUGAGAAAUUGUCAAUUGCCUGUACAUCUAUUGGUACAGAUCCACAAUUGUCUUGGAAGAUUGGUAAUUUAACAAUCUCAAACAGCACAGGUCGUUAUAUUUUGAAACCCGAUGAUAAUCAAGUGAAAAACGCAAUCUUGUCUAUUGAGAAUAUAAGCCUUGAUGAUAGAGGCGAAUUUAAAUGCAUUGGACGUAAUGACGCCAAUGAGUAUGCUGACUACGCUGAGGCCAGUGAUGCUUCAUUUGUUCGUGUUAAGGGCAAACUCGCCGCCUUGUGGCCUUUCCUGGGUAUCUGCGCCGAAGUACUGAUCCUCUGUGCGAUCAUUCUCAUCUACGAAAAGCGACGCAACAAGAGUGAAUUGGAAGAAAGCGACACAGAUCCACAAGAUCAAUUUAAUAACGUUAAGUGUGAUGAUGAUCAUUGGAACACACACACACACACCAAUGCAGCAUGGAAACAACAUAUGUACAUACAUACACGCAUGCAUAUAGGGCACACUCAUGCAUACAUAUGUACAUACAUGCCAACCUUGAAAAAAAAAAGUGGAACUGCAUACAAAAAUAUACCCUUAUAAGGCAUGACAUUAUAAAUUAAACUAAUCUUAUGUAAAAUGUUAUUUACCACAACAACAACACUUUGACAUGAAACUAAAAAUGAAAACCAAUGAUGAUUAGUUGAACAGAAUUGCAAUAAAAAGCUACAAAUUAAAAAGAAACAGAAAUAACAUAAAAUGAAAUGUAUUAUAUUUAAGUGAGAGUUCCAUAAAUAACUACAUACAUACAUAAAUAGGGCGACAUGAAUGAUGUGUCACAAUAAUUGCUGAUUGUAGAUGACGAUUUCGACCUUUAACCCUAGAGCACACGCCUCCACCAUCGCAUACAUACCCCAACAGGCAUACAUAACAUUACCUUCUGUGAGUACUAAACGUUAAAUAGGCAGGAAAGUUAGGCAAGAAUUAAAAGAAAAGUAAUGAAAAACGUAUUCGAAACUAAAAUAAUAAUCACAGAAAUAAAUAGCACUGUAUUGUUUAAGCUGAAGAAAACUGAGUACAGGCUAGUUAAAAUACUUACACAAAAAAAAAAACCCCGAGACCCACUUAACGGUUUAUGUAAGUAUGUAUGUACGUAAUAAAAACACCU